AUGACGCGUCUCUACAGCAAGGGCCGGAUCGUGAGCCACAGGCGCGGUAAGCGCAACACCUACCCCAACGUCUCGCUCGUCAAGAUUGAGGGUGUGGAGAGCACCAGCGAUGCUCAGUUCUACCUCGGCAAGCGCAUUGCCUACGUCUACAAGGCCCCCACCGAGAAGCGCGGCACCAAGGUCCGCGUUAUCUGGGGCCGCGUUACCCGGACACACGGUGGCAACGGUGUUGUGCGCACCAAGUUCCGCCACAACAUCCCCCCCCACGCCUUUGGCGAGUCGGUCCGCAUUCUGCUGUACCCGAGCAACAGUAUCGCGAGCUGA